AUGAAGUUCUCACUUGUCGCUCUCGCAGCCAUCGCGCCCAUUGUCUCGGCUCAUUAUUUCUUCGACGCCCUCGUUAUUGACGGCAAGGAAACUUCCGAGUAUGUCCGCUCAAACACUCGUGCCGCCAAAUACAACCCAACCAAAUGGGUCAACACCCGCGACGACAUGACCCCUGAUGUGCUUGACUUCCGCUGCAAUAAGGGUGCCUUCAGCUUUGCUGACAAAACUGGUACCGCGGAGGUCAAGGCCGGAUCCAAGCUUGCCAUGAAGCUUGCUGUUGGUGCUAAAAUGCAGCACCCUGGUCCUGCCCUCGUGUACAUGUCUAAGGCUCCUAGCACGGCUAAGGAAUACCAGGGCGAUGGUGACUGGUUCAAGAUCCACCAAGAGGGCGUCUGCGACAAGAACAAGGACUUUACCAAGGAUGCCUGGUGUACUUACGACAAGGAUCGUAUUGAGUUCACGAUUCCUGCGAGUUUGCCUGACGGGGAGUACCUAAUUCGGCCGGAGCACAUUGGUGUGCACGGUGCCGCGGGUGGACAAGCCGAAUUUUAUAACUCCUGUGCUCAAGUCAAGGUUGUCGGUGGUGGCAAUGGAACCCCCGGACCUACGGUCAAAUUCCCCGGUGCUUACAAGAAAGAUGAUCCUUCGUUCAACUUCAGUAUCUACAAUGGCUACAAGGAUUAUCCUAUGCCUGGUCCGGAAGUCUGGUCCGGUGGGUCGGGAUCUACCUCUGCUUCUAAUGUGGCUAGCAUCAAUGCUACAGCUGCCGCUACUACUUCCGAUAAGGAAGAUGAGGGCACCUGCGAAAGCGCCUUCACUCGCUGCGCACGCUCGUGCUUUCAGCUACUAAAGUAA